AUGGAUUCUGGCAACAGUGGAAGUAUCUCUUCAAGUGGUGAUGAAGAAUACGAUUCACGAGCUGAUCACACAGUACUCCCUUCCACUUUCAUCAAUAACCACCACCACCACCCUCCUUCCCAAUUUGGCUCCAUCUCACAACACCCUCUUGUUGCUUCUUCUCAUUACCAACAACACCAACCUCACCCUUCUUUGUUUGAUCUCUCUCCAAGCUACCUCCACGCCCUCUCUCAACCAAACUCAUUCCUCAACUUGGACACCACCACAUCCUCGUCGCAACCUCGAAGAUCUGAACCCGAUUGCACCCUUAAUGUUACCUCAUCACCACCUCCACCAACAACAACAAACAUAGACCAAUGUUUGUUGGGUUCUCAAGGAGGUCUCAACGUGGACAAUGCAAGACGAGACACAAUUCUGUUCGAGUCAGGUAAGACCAGUAACCUUGGUCGCAACUCGAAGAAGCGAACCAGGGCUUCGAGGAGGGCACCAACCACGGUUUUAACCACCGACACAUCGAAUUUCAGGGCCAUGGUUCAAGAGUUCACCGGAAUCCCUGCACCACCGUUCUCAGCUUCUUCCUCGUACUCUCGAAGGCUCGAUCUUCUCACUGGCUCAUCCUCCUUAAGAAGCUUCUCUCACUUAGACACAACAACGGGUCCUUUCUACCCUUUGCGUCCUUCCCCACAAAAGAACAUCAUGUUGAGCAUGCAAGAUCACCCUACUCUUGCAUUUCACCCUCCUCCACCACCUCUUCAUCCUUUUGGGUUCAGUGCAAAGUUACCAUCAAUUGAGGACCUGGGUAUGAGCCAUGGCCAAGUCAAUAAUAAUAAUCCAAAUUUUGUUGCAAGUGGGCAUGUAACUUCUGAAGGGGUGCCACUGAGGAGUGUGAACAAUGAUGGAGGAGGAGCAAGAGAUGUUUCGUUAAGGUCAUUGGAUGGUGGUAGCUGCAAGUUGAACUUUUCUGUGGCUUCUGCGUCCACUAGCUUGAACCAUGAGAAGAGCACCUUACAAAAUAAUAAUAACGCUUCUACUGGUACUAGAGGGGAAGGUACCGUGGAUUCAUGGAUUUGUUCUUCUGAAUAG